AUGAAGCAAGGAGUGAGACGACUUCUUGUCCCAAAGACCAAAGGUUGGAAGCGUGUAAGCAAGAGAUUCUCGAUGUUCUACAACGGAAGAUGGCUGAAGAGCCUUGAAACACCCAACAGCAGUAGCAAUACACUGACCAUGAAUGCAUCAAACCUCCCUUCAUCUUCCUCCCCACCAACUAUUCCCACCGACAAAUUCUGCUGCCUAUCAAGAGAAGAUGUCAUCCGCUUCCUCAUCGGCUGCCUCGGUGCUCUAGCUCCAAUCCCUCUCUCCUCCAUAUCCUCAUUGGGAGCCAUCAACCCUAACUAUAGUGUUGUUGACUCCUCCCUUCCUGCCAUUGAAGCAACCCAAAUGUCCCCUGACGACCCCAGCGCAGUAGCUGUCGUGGAGCCCGGGUCAUCGGAUGGACGGCAUAAGAUAAUUGGCGAGAUAUCGGCUUCCAGGUUGUGGAAGUGUGAUUACUUGGGAGCAGCGUGGGCUCUAGCGAAUCUCUCUGCUGGACAGUUUGUAAUGGGGGUGGAGGAUAACCAUCAUACUCCAAGAUCGUCUUUACCUGAUUUCUCGGUUGAUUUGAGUAGUAAUGGUGGUGGGGGAUCGAUGAGGGCUAGGAAGUUCAGUAGUAGGAGCGUUGGGUUUAAUGCUGCAAACACGAGCUUUGGAGCUGGUAGGAGCAUGUAUAGGGGAAGAAGUGCCCCUCUGACCUGCAAAGUGAAGAGUUCUUUAGCAGCAGUUAUGGCUCAGAUGUUGUCCCACAGGGUGACUCAUGUGUGGGUGACUGAAGAUGAUACGGAGGAUGUUUUGGUUGGGGUGGUUGGUUACGCCGAUAUUUUGGCUACUGUCACGAAACAUCCUGCUAAUGCUGUCUUGUCCGGAAGUUGA